AUGCCCUUUGUCUCUACCGGCGGCUCCACGGCCAGGGCCUACAAUAUUGUGUACACAGCUCUAAUCGGCAUCAUCCUCGUCAUUGUCUUACCAUUCGCUAUUCUCAUCCUGGCCAAAAGCAAGUACGGUAGAGAUCCGGCACGAAGAUUUGUCCCUUGGCUCAAGGUCGCGUCCAUCUUGUUUGCCAUGAACGGCCGAGACAGAACGCUAUGCUUGCUAUUCGUGCAAGGUGUGCUAAACACGUACGAGAUUCACUCUGAUAUCUCGCAUUGGCACAUCGUUCGUGCCUCCUAUCACAUCGGAUAUCUCGCCGAAUUCUUUCGUACUCUCUCGGCGACUGCCGUCAUGGUCAUGCUACUUACACUAGGGCCAGGCGUGCACUACGCAAUGGAGGGCGUGACCAACACUUUCGACAAGAUCCUACGAUACACAGCAAACAUUCUGGCCAUCGCCGUUUUCGCUCUAGCGCUUGCUUACUAUGGCCUUUCAGUCGACUUCGAGCUUAACUACACAAACCAUAUCGGGUAUGUCACCCGACCCAGAGAGGGUAUUAACCGCAUCCACGCCAUUGACCAGCUCAUGGGCACGACUGCAAUCGUCCUUUGGGUUGUAUCGCUCGUGAUUACUGGUCUGUCAAUCUACACUUUCAUCGAGAGAAAAAUGUCGCCUCUUAAGAAUGUAAGCCCGUCCUCCCAGACUUUGGCUCCGUAA